GAGUCAGUUUUCUCGUCUUUUAUUUAAUUUCGAGAACCAAUGUGGCUUACCAUUUCCGAGACCCUCAGACCAAUAUUUUACUCAAGUUAUUAUAUACAUCAAUCUUCCCCUAUCCUAACAUGAAAACUUUUUUCCAACAAAGCGUAAAAAAAACAGUGUGGAUUACCCUUUUGCGUCCCUCUGGCAAAAUAUUCCUGAAACGACUUCAUAAUUUGUCAAUUAUUAAAAUCAAAAUGGAAGGAAGUAUACCAAACAAUUCAUUUCAUUCCCCCUAACUCGUCAGACCGACAGAGAUAGAGAUGACGAGUCCAUUAGCUCUAGCUCGGGCCACAAAUUAGGAAGCCGCAAUUUCCUGAAUGUGUUUGACUAAUUAAGUUGAACCCAUUCUUGCAGAUAGUCUCGCUAGUCGAGCAAUUUAUCAUGCUUGAUAAAUACACGUCCAAAGAAGAUUUUGUAAUUUUCAACAAUUUUGCAAAUGGCUUGUAUUCCAAAUUGCGGAAGGUGCAAUUAUACGAAGGCCCCAUAUUGUUGUGGUGAUCACUGUGAACAGCAUGACCUGGGGAUUCUUGGGCAUUGUCAGCCCUCAAAAGGUCCUCUCGACUAUUGCGUGACCUCCUCAAGUUCCUCAACUGCCAGUGUCUCUGGUGGAGAUGGUCGAACCAACAACAAUGCAUUCGGUCCGACAUCCAUCGCUAUCCUAGUCAUUUGUCUCACAGCAUUUGCAUGUGCCCUUGUGGGAGCUGCAUUUUUUCUCCGAAGGAAUCGAAAAAUUCGAAAAAUAAAUCAAGGAGGAUUGUCGGCUUUGGAAAUAAAACAAUUUCUUGAAGGAUCUCUGUCCCAUCAGAAUUAUCCUAAAUUAACCGAGACCACGCCGCUGACCUCAGUCCAAGAUAAUAUUGGAGCGCAAUUGAAGGCCGACGAUGACACUCAAAACCAACAGACAAUUUUGAAAAAUGUCGAGGAAAUUCCAUAUGAUAAAAAGUAUGAGAUCCCUGAAAAAGGCUUCAAAUUGCACGAGGGUGACAUUAUUGGCUCAGGUGCGUACGGUCUGGUGUAUAAAGGUGAGCUUUGGGGUCAAAUUGUUGCAGCAAAGACAGUCAAACCACACUCGGAAAAAAUUUAUUUGAAAGCACUUCUUUCCGAGAUAAAAGUUUUGAUCCAUCUUGGAAAACAUGACAAUAUUGUGAGGCUGGAAAUAUUGGAAGGCUGGAUCCUCGGGGCCUUCACCUCAUAUCUGAAUUCUGGAGUUAUCUAUCUCUUCCUUGAAUAUUGUGAGGCUGGAAAUCUUUUAAAUUACUUGAGGGCAAAUAAAUCUACAACAAUGUCCCAAAAUGGCAAUGUUGAAGGCUCUUCUGAAAAUUAUAAAGCAAAGGAAACUGACGAACAAGACUCUGCACUAAAUGUGGAUGAUUUUAUUAUUUGGUCCAUUCAGAUUGCUAAUGCCCUCAGAUUUCUGACUGACAAGAAGGUAAUUCACGGAGAUAUUGCGGCAAGAAAUAUCCUUUUGUACACAAGGGACUUGGCUAAACUCACCGAUUUCGGUCUAAGCCGAAGACUGUACGAGUACACGAAUUAUAUUAAACAAGGACAAACGCCACUUCCAUGGCGUUGGAUUAGUUUAGAGGGCCUGCGUGACAUGCAAUUCUCAACUCAGUCGGAUGUCUGGUCAUUUGGUGUUACAAUUUGGGAGAUAUUUACAUUGGGAGACGUCCCGUACACAGGACUCAACUGGUCACAAGAAUUUGUUUAUCAAGUCAUGGAUGGCCUUCGAUUGCCAAAACCUAGAGGAUGCGAUGAUACGACUUAUACGUUAAUGAAAAGCUGUUGGAACAAUGACCCACAACUUCGUCCAACCUUUGUGGAACUUCAUAAGAAACUACUUGAUUUAAGAAACUUGAGGAAUUACAGCAACAUUUGAUUGAUAAAGUUCUUUUUCAGAUAUACGUAAAUGCAUUCGAAUGUAAAUUUCAGAGAAUGUCAUUCACAUUCAGAAACACUUUUUUCCAAAUGCUAAUAAAAAGUGUAUAAAAUUGUA